AUGUACCAUCUCAUGAGGUUAACACCACGACAGAGUAGCCACUCAGAGAGCCAAGAGGCAAAGAAAGCCAUUCAGGCAGGAAUUAGAGUGUUAACAAGUGAGAAUUAUGUAGCCGAACUGUCAGCACUCGCAGAAACAACGCCACCUAGCUCGUUCAGGAAAACUACAGCACUCGCAGAAACGAUGUCAUCUAGCUUGUCUAAGAAAGUUGCAGCUCCCAGGAAGAAAAAAGAAAAUAAACCCUCUACAAAUACGUAUGGGGUCGAAGGUCACAUCAACUUGACCCCGUUUAUCACAGUUUCUGAAGAAAACCCAAUCAGCGCUGAUUCGCGAAUCUUUCGCGCCACCCUGUGUAGUAAUGUUGUUGGCGAUCGCGAAAUUGCUGUUAAAAUCUUACGCGAUGGCGAGCGCGAACGACGAGAAGCGCAAAUUCAUUUCGCUGUUCCUCAUCAUGUAAAUAUUGUCGAGCGCUUGUUCACUGACACAUUCAAGUAUCACGGUCAGUCUUGUAUUUACAUCGCAAUGGAGAAGUGCGAUCCGUUGAAUCUUUACGAUUAUAUUAAGUUAGAAGUCAAGGAGAAGAUCCCAUUUGAAGCCAAUAAAUACAUAUCUUUCACGUUUCAAAUUGCUCUGGGGUUAGAUUUCCUUCACAGUCAUGAUGUUCUGAAUCGGGAUCUUAAACCGCAUAAUGUGUUGCUUGCUGGAAAUGUGGUGAAGCUUUGCGAUUUUGGCCUUUCCAAAAUAAUACCCAGUGGACAUGAAAUCACAGUUCAAAGUAUGGUUCAGCCUGGGACUGAUGGCUGGCGUUCGCCCGAGUUGCUCAAAGGCGCCAAGGAUAUUGGCAAAGGAUCUGACGUAUAUCCUCUUGCGCUGAUAUUCGGCUAUGUUUGGUCACACGGUAAACACGUUUUCGGCAAUGACCCCCAUUCAUGGAAUCAUUACAUAAAACGCAAUAAAAACUUGAACCUCGAUCAACUGCAAAUACCAGACCGCGAUCGUGGAAAGUCUUUGCUAAACAAGAUGCUGAAGCAAAACCCUUCUGAACGUCCAACAACUUCGGAAAUCUUGCAGCACGAUGUCUUUAAACAACACGGAGCGAGUUACCUCAAAAGAAACGAAUCUGUUGCCAUCUAUGCUAGUAUUACCAAUACGUCCCAGGACUCUGCCGAGGAAAACAAAAACUUAACAUCAGAAUCAAUUGCUAAAGAGAAGAAAUCAUUUCUGAAGAAGACCAUGCGAGCACUUUCCAACUUGAAAAGUUCACCUGAUGCACAAAAGGCUACUCCCGCAAUAAAACAGGAGGCGCAAGCACUUUCCGACUAUGACAAAAGUUCACCUGAUGCACAAAAGGCUACUCCUGCAACAAAAAAUAAAGCACAAGCACUUUUCGACUAUGACAAAAACGAAGAUUACGAAAUUAGCUUUCGGAAAGGAGACAUUUUCACAGAUGUUGAAUAUACAGAUUACGAUUGUUGGCUUGGUACCUGCAACGGGCAACGGGGAUUAAUUCCUUCGAAUUACGUAAAGUUGAUGCUAACAAAGUAA